UGUCUCAAAGGCAUAAAUUUUCUUCACAAUAAUAAUAUAAUUCAUAGAGAUAUUAAAUGCCAAAACAUAUUAUUAAGCUCCGAUUUCAAUGUUAAAAUAAUUGAUUUUGGAAUUUCAAAAUAUACAGAAUAUAAAGCAUCAACAAUCACAGGAACACCAACACACAUGUCACCUGAAACAAGAAGAGGUGAAACAUGUUUUAGUUCGGAUAUUUGGAGUAUGGGUUGUACAGCUAUUGAAAUGGGCCGUGGUGAU